GGAGCAGUACCUCGAGCGACACAACACGCAGCCGCUCGCGAGCUUCACGCCGACGAUCCUCCACACCAAGAGCGGCAACGUCGUGGCCGCAUCGGCCCACCUUCGACCUGGGCUCCGCGAUCGAGGCGCCAACAGGAACAGCCUGGUCUCCAUCACGACAUUCGUGGACAUGCUCACCGACCCGCGGAUCACCCGCGCCGACUGGAACUACGAAGCGAACUGGCGGGAUGACAAGCCGUGGCCCACCAGAUGGAACGGCGCCGCCCUCAGCGACCCAGAGCGCAAGGCCACGUGCGACAAGGGCCAGGGCUCCGCGCACGACCAUGCGACCGCGCGCGCGGACUCCGCCACGCACCUGGGCGCCCAGGCGGUCCACGACGUGCCCUGGAAGACCCACUGCGGCAUCCAGAUCACGGCGGGCGACGCCGAGUCGCGGGCGCGCCAAGCCUUCAAGGUUCCCAAGGCCCUCCCCGCCCGAGCCAGACCUAUGAAGGUCGCUGACCCAGAAAGUAAAGAGCACCUGCGCGACGAGUUCGGCGCCCUCUACUGCAACAGCGCGGACGCGCCCAAGGAAGACCCCACGCCGUUCAUCAUCCCAGAAGCCGACUGGGACAGGGCAGCCGACGAGGCGUGGAACUACUCGAGGUUCGAGGGCAACCGCGCCGGCACCAAGGAGGGCAGGGCCCACAUCUUCCACCACCACAACCAGAAUGCUGCAGCGCAGAUCAACUCAGCUUACUCCCAGUGGGUCGCGACCAUGGCUGCGUGGCGGCAACACUUCAGCACGCUCAUCCCGAGGUACGCAGAACUGGCCAAGAAUGCGAAAGACCCCAAGGCACGCCAGCAUAUCCAUAGGACCAUCCUCAGCAAGCUCGACGACCUGGGCAAUCCAGAGGCCCAGAAGAACCACUUCGGCAUCAAGACGGAUCCGAAGGAGAUCGACGAGUGGAAGGCCCCGAUCUCCACCCUCGAGUUCUGCGACGAGAACGACCUCUAA